AUGGCAGAAGGUGGCUGCCGAAGCAGGGAUCGUCUCGAAGACCCUGUAGGCCCUUUACUACCGGCCACCGCCCCAGAUGGCGCCUGGCUGCAGAGGUCCAUCGACUCCGAGGCCUCCAACUGGCUGACGGGACUGCUAAGGAACCGCGACCCCUCAACAGCGAGGGUUACCACACAUUCCUUGAAACACACUGCUCUUGGCUGGUUGAGCAAAUACGGCGUUGUGGGCGAAACACAGACACUCUUGUCACAUCAUUCGACUGGAGCUUUGAGUACAUUAGCUUACUCAAGAGAUGCCCUUAGUGGCCCCCUCCGGCAGCUGGAGGAAAUGCUGAAGCAGGUACGGGAGGGCUCGUUUUGCCCGGAUGCUACUCGAAGUGGAUACUUUGCCCGAGCCCAAGGAUCAGAGGCAGGUGCAUCUGUUGACCUCGGGUCCUGGUUGCCGAUCAGCAAGGUAGGCAGCUUGGAUGGGCUGCCUGCGAAUUCCGAAAGCACGCAUGAGCCUUUGCCAGCUCCAGUGGAAGGCUUUCAGGACGAUUUCCUGGGGGUUGGACCGCUUUGCCCCCUGCAAGGGAAGGUCUUUGAGUCACCAAGUGCCAUGCCCGUCUUGGAAGCAUCCGCACCGUCGGUAGCAGAAGGAGAAGAAUCCCCCUCGAAAGAAAGUGAGGAAUUAGACCAGCUGGCUACCGUGACCUCUGGGCUUUGCGAAACAUUGCUCGAUAAGGAUGACACACAAGAUGCAGAUGACAACGGGGAGGCAGAGAUCUCGCCCACCACAUCAGCAGAAGGGUCCUCCGAGGAAACCUCUGAUGGAGCCUCAUCGGAAGAAAAGGAGGAACCAGCUGCAGCCCUGAGUCUGCCGAAGGGUUGGAGAGCGAUCCAAAACAAGAAGUCUACCAUGCUACAUCUGUACAAAGUAGGUCAGACGACGCUGAAAUGUGGCAAGUGGAUCAGCGUUAAUUUUGUAGAAAUGGAGAAGCCCUCAGCGAAGUGGCUACAGUGCAGCCGUUGUUUUCAGGAGUAA